UUUCGUUUCUAAAGUUGUUGUUCCCGAACAGCUGUUGCACAGAAACGUGAGAAUUUUGAAUCAAUUUUCUCUCGUCGUCGUUGUUCCAAUUGUGGUUCGGAAAAGUGAAACUUGGAAAAACGGAGCGAACCACAAAAGAGGAUUCCCUUUUGGAACACCACCCAAACCAACGCACAAUCAACCCCAGAGUACAUAGAAAUCUGCGGCGGAGAUCCGAGUGUCCCGAAAGGAACCCGUCGGAAACUGAGUAGGUUGCGAAGGCCCAGGAAGCUGGAUUUCAAUAGCCGUACGGGGGGAAUCGCGCAUCACAGAAAAUCGUAUUAUCCCGGGAGUGCACAUCGAAUCGAGGAUCGUUGUACGAUCGUCCAUCAUGAAUAGCUCAAUCCUGCGGGAUGCUUUUCAAGUGCUUACCAACGAGGCAAAGGAUCUGUUUCUGCCCGCCAGCAUACCCGAAUCGUUCGGUGUUCCGACAUCCCUCGAGUUCGUGCGUGACUCUGUGGCCAAAAACAUACCCCUCAUAAUGCGUGAAUCCAUCAACGAUUGGCCGGCACUAGAGAAGUGGAGUUCCAAGUACUUCCGAGAAACCAUACCUGACAAGGAGGUGACGGUAGCAGUAACACCCAACGGUUACGCGGAUGGAUUGGCCUUGCAUGAAUCAGAGGAACAUUUCGUUCUACCGCUGGAGCAAACCAUGCGGAUGGAGGACUUUCUUUCAGCCCUCGAUCGUAAGGACCCCAACAGUGUACUAUACAUCCAGCGACAAAACUCCAACCUCACGGAAGACUUCGAAGAAUUGUGGAACGAUGUGAACGAGGCGAGUCUCGAUUUCGCAUCCGAAGCGUUCAACAAAAAGCCCGAUGCUAUUAAUUUUUGGAUGGGCGAUGAAAGGGCCAUUACAUCAAUGCAUAAAGACCCGUAUGAAAACAUAUACUGUGUUUUGUCCGGUUACAAGGAUUUUAUUCUGAUACCACCGAUUGAUUUGCACAACGUUCCAAGGAAGCUCUACCCGAUGGGAGUGUAUAUGCAGGAGAACGAUGAUUCUUUAGUGAUCGAGCCUAUUCUUGAUGAGAUUGGAAAGCCACGUAUGAUUGAAUGGGUCAGCGCAGAUCCGUUAGCGCCGGAUUUGGAACGUUUUCCAUCAUUCGGCAAUGCUACCCGGUAUGAGAUACGUCUCAACGCAGGCGAUAUGCUGUAUCUGCCGAGCCUGUGGUAUCAUCACGUCCGCCAGAGCCACAAAUGUAUUGCCGUCAAUUUUUGGUACGACAUGGAGUACGAUGCCCGCUAUUGUUUUUACAAAAUGGUUGAGAAGCUUUGCAAUUACGGACAGCAGUAGGUACAAUGUUAACUAUUGAUUAAUAAACCAAAAACCGCA